UGCCCUUUAGUCUCUCGCAACCUAUAGUGAAUUUUAAGUUUGAAUCAUAGUAGUGGAAAAAGCAUGUGCACAUAAAAACAGUAAAGGAAACACUGAAAUGGAAUGAACUAUGUUGGAAAGGAUCUCUGGAAAUUGUCUCUUUCCAGCUUACUGCUGAAGGCACGGCCAAUUAGAUCAGAUUAUACAGGGACUUGGUUAAUUAUGUUUUGAGAUUACACAGUCUCUCUUGACAUCUGAUCCAGUGUUUGACCCACCGCCCUCAUGUUGGGAAGAACAUUUUCUUGUCUGAUUAGAACUUUGCUUGCCACAGGUUGUGUCUGUUACCUUUUGUCAUUGUGCUGUGCACCUGCAAGAGUCUUGCUUUGUGUUCUCUUUACACAACCAGGAGUUUCCCCACAGCUGAGAGAGCUGGAGGUUGAACAAACCCAUUUCUCCCAGCUUUUCUCUGUGUAUCGUGUGAUCAAGUCUUACAGUUGUGUUGGUGGCCAUCAUUUGGACUUGCUCCAGUAUAUAUAUCUCUUUUACAAGUAGAGCCCAAAACUAGACACUGUAUCUAGAUGCGGUCUCACAGACAGCCAAUGAGAAGGAAGGGAUCUCUUCCCUUAAUAUUUAGUCUGUACUCUUGGUAGCACAACCUUUUAAAAUAAGGUUGGCCUUCUUUGUGGCAGGUAUAUACCACUGGCUCACUACCAACUUGUUGCCCCCAAGUGCCUACACGUCUUUUUGCGCAAAGCUGCUUUUCAUCUACUUGGCCUCUGUUCUGUACUGCUGUCUGGGUGAUAGGUACGGAGGCAGAAUUUCACAUUUACUUUUGUUGAACUUCAAGAGGUUCGUGCCAAACCAUUACAUCAGCCUGCAGAAGUCUCUAUCUGAAUGGCAGCCUUGAUUUCUUGCAUAUUGAUAGUCCUUCCUGCUCUGGUGUCACCCAUAAAGUUGUUUCAGCUGCACUCUAUCCUGUUGUCCAGGGUGUUAUCGAAGAUGUGAAAACAGUGUUGGUCCUAAUUCCCUCACCCCCUUCCUGCCUCACAUACUUACUUGCAGCUUCACUUGGACUACUAAUUGUUCCGAGCAGGACAGUCCAACCACCUUGUUAUCCAUUCAUCCACUCCUUAUCUUACUAAUUUGGCUAUCAAGAUACUAUGGCACGGCAAAGAAAGAAGAUAUCAGGAUGAGUGUCCUAAAACUGUUGAACAGACAUAACAUCGUGUUCGGUGAUUACAAGUGGACAGAGUUUGAUGAUGGUUUCCUUAACAGCAAUGUGCAGUCUGUGUCAAUUGUGGAUACAGAGCUGCAACUAAAAGAAAGACAGCCUAUUGACUUGAGCAAAAGCAGUCUUUCCAUUCACAUUUUUCAUCUCAAUGAAGAAGGGCCAAGCUCUGAAAACCUGGAAGAAGAUAAUGAGGAUAUCGUUGCAGCUAACCACUGGGUGCUACCUGCAGCUGAAUUCCAUGGCCUUUGGGAAAGUCUUAUAUAUGACACUGAAGUAAAAUCACACUUACUUGAUUAUGUGACAACAACAUUACUGUUUUCUGACAGAAAUGUUGACAGCAACCUGAUAUCAUGGAACAGAGUUGUUCUGCUGCAUGGCCCUCCUGGAACUGGUAAAACCUCUCUCUGUAAAGCAUUGGCUCAGAAGCUGACAAUACGAUUGUCGUACAGGUAUAAGUAUGGACAGUUAAUUGAGAUAAACAGCCAUAGCCUUUUCUCUAAAUGGUUUUCUGAGAGCGGCAAGCUCGUAACCAAGAUGUUCCAGAAGAUUCAAGAGUUAAUUGAUGAUAAAGAUGCUCUUGUAUUUGUACUGAUCGAUGAGGUGGAAAGCCUCACAGCAGCUCGCAGUGCCUUCAAGGCAGGCACAGAGCCUUCAGAUGCUAUUCGUGUGGUGAAUGCUGUACUGACACAAAUAGAUCAGAUUAAAAGGUAUCCCAAUGUAGUUAUCCUGACUACUUCAAAUAUUACGGAGAAAAUUGACAUGGCCUUUGUAGACAGGGCUGACAUAAAGCAAUAUAUUGGCCCUCCAUCCACUGCAGCAAUAUUCAGAAUAUAUCUUUCUUGCUUGGAAGAGCUGAUGAAGUGUCAAAUAAUAUACCCUAGACAGCAGCUCUUGACGCUCAGAGAGUUAGAGAUGAUUGGCUUCGUAGAAAAUAAUGUGUCGAGGUUAAGCCUUGUACUAAAAGAAAUCUCAAGAAGAAGUGAAGGUCUUAGUGGCCGGGUCCUGAGAAAGCUUCCUUUCCUAGCACAUGCACUUUAUAUUCAAUCUCCCAGUGUUACAAUGAAAACAUUUCUUCAGGCUCUUUCACUUGUAGUAGACAAGCAAUUCGAAGAAAGAAGGAAACUUGCAGACUCUGUGUGAUAGUUUAGUGUUUUAUACUUUUCUGCAUUAUUACCUAUGAAAAGUAUAUACUUCUUGCAAAGAAACUGUGCAGUUGUUACGCAUAUGUAAAACAGAUUGUCAACACCUUAAAAAACCUGGAAUGCCUAAUCUAGUUUUUUCAAAACAUUCAUUAAUAAACAAUUUUUACAGCA